AUGGACAGCAUUGCAUACCAGGAAACCCUGGACGAUCUCAGAGAGAGCAUUUUGCCGAUGUGGCCGCAAGGUGUCGCAGCCGAAGAGAGCAAGCGUGAUUACUGGCGCGUCCGGUUCGGGGGAAGCCCUUGGACCUGUGUUGGCGCAGAUGCCAUUCUGUGCGGCGUCUGCAUAAUUUGUUUUUCUAUGACGCUAACGGACAUGCGUAUUCAGAGCACAGAGACUCGUGUGUCGCUUGUUCGUGGUCUUGGCACGACAGGGAUACUCGUACCUAACCACGGUCCAAACGGCAUGCGCAAGCAGUUGGCACAAACCCUGCGACCAUUAUUUCCGCGCAAAGUCCAAUCAUUUGGCGCGAAUGAAGAUGGCGUCCACAUCAUUGAGGUCAAACGAGAUGGUCUUCGCUCGCGGGAGAUGAGCAAGAAUAUAUUCCACGCGUGUAUGCUGCGGGAGUUCAAUCACCUUGGCUACAAGCUGGACGGGAGCGUGCAGCUAGGAAAGAAGGGCCCGCUGGGGUUCGGUUCGCGUAGAGAAGCUUGGAUAUUCCGGAGCAUCAUACGACGGCAGGAAGUCCGGCUGAAGGAAUGA